AUGGGAAAAGCAACAGCUGAUAGAAGACUUAAACAUAGAGGAAAUAUGUACGAGUAAAACAUCCAUAAGAGUGGUGAGACACCUAGCUCCCUUAGAAAAUCAGAAGAUAAAAUCCCAGUUGGCCCAGUUGUUCUUGGACUCUUCUUAUUCUUGGUUGUUGGUUCAGCUCUCUUCUAAGUUUUGAAUGCUUCAAUUAAUGCUGGUGUAGUUGAAUGA